UUUAUUUCUUACUGUUAUUAUAAUGAAUUCUUGCAGCCCUUAGAUGAUCUCCUCAGCCCUACUUACGAAGCCUCAGGACCAGCUGGAUUGUCACUCCUCACCGGAAAGUUGGAGAAGAAUGAGCAACAAUCAUCUGGCACACACACUUUCCAAAAAAUCUCUGUAUCUCCAGAACCCUCCUUUUCACCGCCCCUUGCCUGCUCACCCGUGACACACACGACAAUCUCAAUUCCCUCUACAUCUAGUACGCAGGAAUUGAAAAGGAAGCAUUCAGAUUCAAUGCUGGGUCAAGAACAGAUUGCAGACCGAGGGGAAAAGAGACAGGAGAUGAUGGAGCAAUAUUUUCACCAAAUGAAAGAGAAGGAAGUUAAAGAAGAUGAAUAUAAGAGAAGAAAAGAGAAGAGGGACAGGAUGAAAGUGAGAGCUUUACAAAAAAUAGGAAAAGAAUUAGAAAUAAUUGCUAAAACACAACUAGAUCUUUUAAAGAAACAAGAUGUUAUUCUUGAAGUCUUACAAAAAGGUAGUAAAUGAUGUUUAUUUAUGUAGUAAACAUUUCAUUUAAAAAUAUUUUUUUAUAACAUGGAAAAUGUUAUACAGAAGUGCCAAAGCCUAUAUACUGGUUAAUAGUGGAAGUAUUUUGGUGACAAAUAUAUUCUGAUAUUUUGUAAACAGAAAA